AUGUUGCAAUUUCGUGUUCUUUCUCGUUUGUCUUCAUUUUACCAAACUGCACCCUUCACUGAUAUUUCGUCUACCCCUACUUUACUCUUUGUAGAUGUCAGGUAUUCCAACAGGCACGAAUGGGUAAAGGUUGAGAGAAACAUCUGUACCGUUGGCUUGUCAGAGUAUGCUUCUAAGCAACUGGGUGAUGUAGUCUAUAUUGAACUGCCUCAGAUCGAUGCAAAGUUGCACAAAGAUGACGAAGUCGGUGUCGUCGAGUCUGUUAAAGCAGCCACUGAGCUCUAUUCGCCAGUUGGUGGGACUGUGAAGCACAUCAACACAAAGGUUGUCGACAAACCAUCACUUCUUAACAAAUCCCCUCAAGACGAUGGUUGGCUCUUCAAAUUGGAACUAUCGUCUCCCGAAGAGGUGGAUAGUUUGAUGACGGCAUCGGAAUACAAAGACUUCCUCGACUCCGACGAGUGUUAG